AUGCCGCCUAAAUCCGAUAGCGUUGAAGGAAUCGUCCUGGGUUUCGUCAACGAGCAAAACAGGCCAUUGAAUUCACAGAAUGCAGCUGAUGCACUACAGAAGUUUAAUCUUAAGAAGACUGCAGUACAAAAGGCACUGGAUGCAUUGGCUGACAGUGGACAGAUUUCCUUCAAGGAGUAUGGCAAGCAGAAAAUUUACAUUGCUCGGCAAGAUCAAUUUGAAAUUCCAAAUAGCGAAGAACUUGAGGAGAUGAAGAAAAGAAAUGCCAAGUUACAGGAAGAACUUGCGGAUCAAAAGAAAGCAAUUAGUGAGGUUGAAUCUGAGGUACGAGGUCUGCAGUCAAACUUGACGCUGGCAGAGAUUACGUCAAAGGAGACUAAAUUACAAAGCGAAGUCCAGGAAAUGGAAGAGAAACUAAAUAAAUUGCGGAGUGGUGUUACCUUGGUGAAACCUGAAGACAGGAAGAUCAUUGAGAAUUCCUUUGCUGAGAAAGUUAGCCAAUGGAAAAGGCGGAAGAGGAUGUUCAAGGAGCUUUGGGAUAAUAUUACUGAGAAUAGCCCAAAGGAUCAGAAGGAAUUUAAGGAAGAACUUGGUCUCGAGUACGAUGAAGAUGUUGAUGUGAACCUGCAGUCUUACUCUGACAUGCUAGCAAGUCUCAAUAAAAGGCGAAAAUUUUCCCGCUGA